AUGGCAUCAGCAAAGAACCUACAGAUUAUGACUCUAUUAAAGGUUCUGCAGAGCAGCUUUUUAAGAGAUUCUGUGGGGGCCCCCAGACCAGCGCAUUUCAGGACGAAAUGCUCCACAGGUGGAAAUGCCAAAAACAGAAAACAUAUUGUUGACUCACAUCAUUUAGUCAGUUUUAGUAGGGCUUUUUCAAUGAAAAUCAGUGGCCGAGUAUUGUACGUGCUAGGCUCUCACUGGGGGAUUCUGGUUCCCAGCGGGCCGGGUGAGAGCAGGCAACAGUGUCAUCACCCCUGUUGGACAGGCUGGUUCACCGUCCCAGGCCAGCCUCCAGCCACACACUGGAAAGAAGAAGGGGGGGUGCUUUCUCCUCGGUGUGGAAAUGGAGUGGUGAAAGUAGAUGGUAAACAAAAAACGUGA